AUGAAUGAAUUAGUUUGUGAUGAGUUUUCGCAAUUUUUUCCUGUAUACCCCGAACUUGCAGAUCUUCGCUCGACUUUUAUCGCCAACUGCGUCUUCAACAAUUUUCUAAGUUACACCGCCAUCAUGUUGAACAUUGUGACAAUCUACGCCAUACACAAAACUUCAACAAUGGCAAAGACUUUAAAAACGCUACUGCUGAGUCUUGCCUGUUCUGAUGUUGCUGUUGGUCUGUUUAUUCAACCAUCAUACACGUUCUUUUUGAUCCAGUGGCUUCACUUAAAGGAUCCUGGCUGUAACGCUUACCGUGUGCUGAGUAUUUCAGGUAGUUUAUUUUCAGCUGCUUCGUACAGCGGUGUUGUGGCAGCAAGUGUAGACAGGUUCUUGGCACUUCAUUUUCAUCUCAGAUAUCAAGAGCUUGUGACUCACAGGCGUGUUGUUAUUGUGGUGAUCGGCAUAUGGGUGUACAGUGCAUUUGUUUCUUUGAUGAGAUUAUGGAGGUUGGACGAUACUUGGACACUUAUUUUUGUUUCUGCAGCUUUCUGUUUAAUUCUCGCAUUUGUGUUCUACAUCAGGAUAUACUUAACUGUCCAACGGCACAAGAUUCAGAUGCAGUCCGUGCAAAUACAAAACGAAGCUCAGUCUGAUGAAAUGAAUAACUUUGCUGUCCUCAUUAAGUCCAAAGUUG